AUGAAUUACGAUGACGAUCACCUUGCCUUAUUAUUGUGGCUACGAAGAAGGCGAAGACGACAGGAGCUAGAAAGGCAACAAAUUAAUCGGAGAACAGCUCGAUGGUGGGUUCAUCCUACAAUAGACGAACGUCAUCUUCAAGGUGCUUAUGAUAACCUUGUGCUUGAACUUCGCCGUGACGCAGAACGUUUUUACAAUUUUCAUCGCAUGUUUUCUGUUCAAUUUGAUGAAUUAUUAGCAAUGAUAGAACCUAUUGUUACAAAAGUACAUUUGACAAGGGAACUAUUGCAUUCAGGACUACGAUUAUCAUUGACGUUGCGAUACCUUGCAUCUGGGGAUAGUAUGGCAAGUCUACAUUAUCUUUACCGCGUAGGUAAAUCUACUGUACCGAAAAUAAUUGCGGAAACAACAGAAACACUUUGGCAAACACUACAACCUCAAGUACUUCCUCCACCAACUCUACUAACAUGGGUUAAAAUCGCAAAAGACUUUGAAAAUAGAUGGCAUUUUCCAAAUAGUGUUGGCGCAAUUAACGGGAAACACGUUACCGUACAAUGUUUUAAAAAUACAGGAUCAGCUUUCUAUAACUACAAAGGCACAUUCAGCACUGUUUUAAUGGGAGUUUCAGACGCUGAUCUUUGCUUUAUAUAUGUUAGCAUCGGUUCUGCUGGUAGAGAAAGCAACGGAGGCAUUUUUCAAAGUUUAGAUUUUGGAAGAUGCAUCGAAACAGGAAUAUUACCAUUGCCUGCACCUAAAACGUUACCGGGCACAAAUAUUUGCCUUCCCGUAGUAUUUGUUGGUGAUGCUGCAUUCCUAUUAUUAAAAAAUUUAUUGCGACCAUAUUCUGGUACUAACUUGAGUCCAGAAAAAAUUAUUUUUAAUUAUCGCUUAAGUAUAGCAAGGCGUCUAAUCGAAAACGCAUUUGGAGUAAUGUUAGCAGGUGGAGAAUAUUCCGACGACCAAUUGUUGCAUCACUUUCAACUGUAG